AUGGGUGCCUUCCUGUACUUUCAAUCACGGGAGGAUCUUCCUGGAGGGCUGGGAGACCCUCUGGAUGUUAUGCGUACAUUUCAUCAACGCUCUACAGAUUGCAUGUUGACCUCGAACUAUGCCUACGAGCCAAAUCACCACACAUUGCAGGCACUUCUAAUCAACAUCCGGGCGGAGUUUAUGCGAAUGCCAGAGAAUUACUUCGGAAUCUGGGUUCUAUCCGGUGUCGUUGGCCGACUGGCAAUACGAAUGGGCUACCACCGCGAGCCGGCGAACUUCGCACAGAUCUCUCCAUUUCAGGGCGAGAUGCGACGUCGUACUUGGGCGCUCAUCUGCCAGCUCGAAUCUCUUACCUGUUGCCACCUGGGACUUCCCUCCUUUAUACAAGAAAAUCAUUGCGACACACAACUCCCAAAUAAUUAUUUGGACGAAGAUAUCGACCCAGACAACGUCGAACUGCCACAACCGCGGCCGGGGACUGAACAGACUCCAGUGCUAUAUACCAUCACUAAAGGCCGCAUAGUCUCGGUGUUCCGAACUAUCUGUGAUCAAACCUUGUCUGUCCAGGUCACCCCUUACGACCAAAUCAUUGCGCUAGAUGAACGUCUGCGUGGCGCGAUACAGGCCAUACCUCCGUGCUUUCGUUUAGAUAACCUGCAAGACUGUCUCACUGUACCGCCAUAUUUACUAGUUCGACGAUACAACAUGGAACUUCUCUCACAGAAGGCGCGCUGCAUACUUCACCGGCACUAUAUGACGGUCGGCUAUCGAGACCCAAAAUACGCCUACUCAAGGUCAUCUUGUGUUGCAGGAGCGCUCAGCCUUCUCAGGAACCAGGCGGAGAUCUUUGAGGAGGUUCAGACGGGUGGUCGCCUGGUUCGCGAAAAGUGGUUCAUCUCUUCUCUUGAUAUCCAUGACUAUUUGCUUGCCUCCAUGAUUGCCUGUCUUGAGCUCAGUUUUCGGUCACACCCACCAGGAGGUCUGAAUGCCUCUGAGCCGCUGCAAGGCAGCCAAAAAGACCUAAUUGAUGCACUUCUGCGGUCUUGUCAGUUCUGGGAAGGGUUUCAUACUACUUCCCCUGAGAUUCGUAGGGCUUCAGCCGUCAUGAGUGCCAUGAUAGCAAAGGUUCUGGGGUCAUCAGCGAAGUCGAGCCACAAGCCCUCUGCAAUGCCUAUGGGAAUCCCCAUCCAUAGCGAUCUGGACCAGCAGGUCCAUCCUCAGAGCACAAGCAAGUCUCCAAUUCCCAGGACGAAGUACCAGCCCGAGUCUUCGACUCGUUCUAAUAUGAUAUUUGCAGACAGUUUCGCUGGAUCUACAGCAGAAGACAAUAGCCCUUCAGCGUCUUCCAGAGAACAAUCCUCCGUCAUGCAAACAAAUUCGGACAAUGACCUCGGCAACAUUGAAGAGAUGUUGACAGAUCCAAAUAUGGUUGACUGGGUACGUAGUAAUGGUCCCCGACAUUCUCUCAAACUUAUUAUAUCAGCUCGCUAA